CUGAAGUCCUCCACCGCCGCUGCCUCCCAUUUGGGGAUUUCUCUUUCCUUGUAGAAGAGGAGCGGGGACUGGAGGAUGCCUGGACAGUUUCUGACAGAAACAUUACUAAGUGGCCACCCAGGAUGAAAAUGGAAGAGCAAGGCACUACAAUACAGGAGGCAUCAGAGGGGAUAGGAAAAUCCCCUCUCGUCCUCCAGGCAGGGAGUAUCGGGGAGUUCCUGACAAAGAGACCAGGAAAUCUGAUGCAUCAGCAACAGAGGGAGGGUUCCCUUUCCCUUGUACAGUGGGACACUCAGUGGCAGAAGUUCCUCAGGAUGCUGGAGUCCUCUCCAUCUCCAUGGGGAAUCCCACAGGUGCCAGAGAAACCUUCACCCUGGAAUGAGGCCAAGGCCUUUCUGACCGCCUUCGAGCAAGUAGCUGAAGCCUGUCAGUGGCCUGAGGAAGAGUGGGUGACCCGGCUCCUACCAGCCCUCAGCGGAGAAGCCAAGAUGGCCUACAUCAGCCUGGAUGUCAGAGACAGAGAGGAUUAUGGGAAGGUGAAGGCAGCCAUCUUGCGAGAGGAUGCCCUGAGCCGGGAGAAGCGGCGUCAAGAGUUCAGGUGUUUCUGCUACCAGGAGGCUGAGGGGCCGCAGGGCGCUUACAGCAGACUGCGUGAAAUCUGCCACGGGUGGCUGAGAGUGGAGAAUCAGACCAAGGAGCAGAUCCUGGAGCUCUUGAUCCUGGAGCAGCUGCUGACCAUCUUGCCCCUGGAGAUCCAGAGCUGGGUGAGAGAGCAGGGGCCUGAGACCUGCUCCCGAGCGGUGGCCCUGGCUGAGGAGUUCCUCUUAAGACAGCGAGAGGCCAAGAGGCAGGAAAAGGAGGUACCUUUGAAGGAGGCAGUGGCUGGGGGCAUCCCCAAGGCAGGCCAGCCUACAUCUGAGAACAAGCAGCGACAGCUGUCUGUGGACAUCAAGAAAGAAAAUGGUGGAAUUGCCAGCCUGCGGGGUGAUAUGCAGGAGAAUGAAAAUGAUGGGAGAUUAGAAGCCUUACUGUUGGGAUCAUGCAAGAAUGAAGAUUUGAAAGGAAACAUUGUGAAUCGAGAGGGGCGAAAGAGACAGGACAGAAGCCGCAUGGUGGCAAAGAGGGAUAAACCCCUUCCUUGCCAAGGAGUGCAAUUCCAGGACAUUCCGGUCCAAGGAGAAAAGGUAAUCCAAAAGAAGAGGAACAAGGGCCUUAGUGCUCACUGGAGGAUCCAAGCAGGGGGAAAUUGGAAAGACAGCAUGGAUUCAAAGAGCUUCGGUCAGAGCAUGAACUUUAUUUCACCUCAACAGAAUCAUCCAGUAGACAAGCGGUAUAAUUGCUCAGAGUGUGGGAAGAGCUUCAGUCGGAGAACGACUCUUGCUUCCCAUCAAAGAAUUCAUGCAGUGGAAGAGCCAGAUAAACUUCCAGAGUAUGGAAGGAUCUCCAGUGGGAGAUUACCCCAACAAGAGCAUCAGAUAAUCCACACAGGAGAGGAACAGCAUCAACACAGAGAGGCUGGGAAGAGCACGGGCAAUUGUAUAAGUCUUCCCAGGCAUCAAAUUACACACACUGGGGAGAAACGGUUUAAAUGCUCAGUGUGUGGAAACAGAUUUAAGUGGCCCUCACAACUGCAGCAGCAUCAGGUAAUCCACACAGGGGAGAAACCUUACGGAUGCGCAGAGUGUGGAAAGAGCUUCUGUCACCGCAUCAGCCUCACAGUGCAUCAAAGAACGCACACUGGGGAGAGACCUUACCAGUGCUCAGAGUGUGGAAAGAGGUUCAGUCGGAUAUCAUGCCUUCAGCAACAUCACAGAAUCCACACAGGGGAGAAACCUUAUGAGUGCUCACAGUGCGGAAAGAGAUUUGGAUUCAGUUCCCACCUUCAGCGGCAUCAAAGGAUCCACACGGGGGAGAAACCGUAUCUGUGCUCAGAGUGUGGAAAGAGGUAUAGUCAGGCAACGCACCUUCGCCAGCAUCAAAGAACCCAUAUACCAAAAAAAAACAUAGUUGUCUCUGCCCUCGUUGUCCAGCCGGCCAACUAAGCUCUUACUCCCAAGCCUUGUUCUCUAUGUACAGUGGUAGAUGUUCACUAGAGACAGGGCUUUUUUAGUGGCGGCACCUCACUUGUGAAAUGCUCUUCCCCUUGAGGCCAACCUGGUGCCCACGCUACUUUCUUUUAGGUGCCAGGCACAAUUGUUUGUUUCCCUAGUCUUUUAACUGAACAUUAAGCAUUGUUUUAUAGUCUGUUUUAAGCUGCUUCAUGUUUUAUGUUGUUUUUCUGCUAUGCUCUGUGUGGAUUUUAAUAACUUGCAAUGAUACUUUGUGUUUUUAUUAUGUUUUAUUUUGAAAGCUGCCUCAGGCAGAUUCUUUGGAGAGGCGGUUCUGAAAUUCUCUAAAUAAAUAAAAUAAACAAACUUCCACAAGAUCUCUUUAUCCAAAGAUGUUAUCUACUAAUAAAUUAUUGGCAUAGAUUUAAGCCCUGAAGAGAUGUCUAAAAUUACAAUCUUGAGCCACAUUUAAAAUACAGGAUUUAAGGAAGGUUUUUUUAUGUAUAGGUUUUGUAUAUGAAUUCAGUUUAUGUCCUCCUAUAAUGUGAUUAUUGCAGAUUUUGAAUUGUGUUAUUUUUUCUUUUAUUUCAUGUCUUUCUAGUUUUUAAAUUAAAAAAAAUAUUUAUGCUAUUUAUAGUCCCCCUUUCUCACUGGGACUCAAGCGGAUUGCGCAGAGUAUGACAAUACAAUCAACAGGAUGGGACAACGCAAUAAGAUUUGGAUUAUACUUAUCGGGAACUAACCUAAAAUAUGAACUAAACUGAAGCAAAACUUAAGUAUUAAUAUGAUACAUUAAAUGAUGCAAAAAUCACAAUAGUAUCCUACUUACAACAAGAGAGUACGGAUUAUUCUCGGCAGUAUAGACUGCAGACCCUCACCCUUUACCCUGGUAUCUUUCUGGACUGUUUUGCUGUAGCACAGCCCUAUUACCUGCGUAGAAAAGCCCUCUUGAAUAAUUUAGUUUUGCGUAGUUUGCAGAAAGCCAGGAGAAAUCAAGCCAGAACUGCAGAGACAAUUACAGGUCUUGAAAGUAAAUAAAGACAAGAACGAAUAGUGUAUGUUUUGUCGAAGGCUUUCACGGCCGGAG